AUGGACGCCCGGUCAUCAUCCUCGCCGCUGCGCAUCGUGAUCUUCCCUUGGCCCGCUUUCGGCCACCUGCUGCCGUACCUAGAGCUCGCCGAGCGGCUGGCGUCGCGGGGCCACCGCGUCUCCUACGUCUCCACGCCGCGCAACCUCGCCCGCCUCCCGCCGCUGCACCCUGCCACGGCACCGCGCGUCGACCUCGUGGCCCUCCCGCUCCCCCGCGUCCAAGGCCUGCCUGACGGCGCCGAGUCCAGUUAUGAUCUCCCCGACGAGAAGCGGGAGUUCCACUUUCAGACCUUCGACAGCCUCGCCGCGCCCUUCGCGGAGUUCCUGGCUGCCGCCUGCGCCGACGAGGCCACGAGGCCUCACUGGAUCGUCUUCGACGCAUUCCACCACUUAGCCGCCGCCGUCGCCCUUGAACACAAGGUGCCUGCCGUGAUCAAUAUGUCAUCCGCUGCCAUGAUCGCCACCAUGCCCCAUACGCCGCCGGAGCACCCAGAGGCCGAUCCGGCCGCUGCCGCUGUUUUUGAACAGGCGGCCGCGGCCGCGCGAGCUGUGCCCCGUUACGAGCGGGAGGGGAUGGCACCGUUUGUCACCGGCCAAGGCGCGUCGUCUGGUAUCUCUAGGGCCCAGCGCUGCCUGUUGACACAGGAGAGAUGCACGCUAAUGGCCACGCGGAGCUGCGUUGAGUGGGAGCCCGAGUCCUUCCCGCUGGUGGCGACGCUCCUCGGCAAGCCGGUGGUGCCCCUCGGCCUGCUGCCGCCGUCACCCCACGGAGGCCGGCGUAGCGCCGGCAACAACGGAUCAGAAUCAGAGCACGCCACCCUGCGGUGGCUGGACGCGCAGCCUCUGGGCUCGGUGCUGUACGUGGCCAUGGGGAGCGAGGUGCGGCUGCGUGUGGAGCAGGUGCACGAGCUGGCCCUCGGUCUCGAGCUCUCGGGGAUACGCUUCCUCUGGGCCCUCAGGAAGCCCAGCGGCGCCGUCGACGCGGACGUGCUUCCUCCCGGUUUCCAAGAGCGCACCCAGGGCCAAGGGCUAGUGAACAUGGGGUGGGUUCCUCAGAUGAGCAUACUGGGGCACGCCGCCGUCGGAGGGUUCCUCACGCACUGCGGCCGGAACUCCCUGAUCGAAGGGCUCCUGUUCGGCCACCCUCUCGUCAUGCUGCCCAUCUUCGCCGACCAAGGGCCCAACGCGCGGCAGAUGGAGGCCAAGAAGGUUGGGUUGCAGGUGGCGAGGGACCAGAACGACGGUUCGUUCGACCGCCAUGGCGUCGCGAGCGCGGUCAGGGGGGUCAUGGUCGAGGGAGAAGCCAGGAUGGGUUUUGUAGCUGGCGCAGCGAAGAUGCAGGAGGUGGCAGCUGACACGGAGCUACAUGAUAGGUACAUCGACGAAUUUGUACAGCAGCUCCGAUCUUGCUCCGCUGCAGCAAAUUCCGGCCGAGACUAUAAUCCAUGA